AGACUCAAGGGGAGGAGGAAUCAGAGACACCAAAACAUGACGAUGAACCUGAAACUUCUUUUUUGCCCUGGAUUCUUUCUGCUGCUUAUUGUCAGUCAAAACCAGGCAAGGGCCAGGCCCAUUUCCAGCUUACAGAGUCUGUCCAAACUGUUAGAUGAGGACCUGGAGCAUUCCCUGGUCUCAGAAGAGAGGGACCGUGAGCAAGACGACAUGAUCCCAACAGGUGCCUUUGAUCAGCAAGAUGCUGAACUUCAGUGGACCCGAAACACCAUGGACCAGCCUGAGAGCAUGUCCAUGGGUGAUAGUGCUGUCCAGAGGAUCUUCAGUGACCUCCUAAGUUUACCCCAAAGAUACCGAGGCAGAAGCAAAAAGGGCCUCUCCAGGGGCUGUUUUGGUGUCAAGCUGGACAGAAUUGGGUCGCUGAGUGGAUUAGGAUGCUAACUGCUUACUAUGGACUGACUUUGAGGUUUCAAAGGACCUGUUGCCUCUCAGUAAGAUAUUCAGCCUUUAUUCACAUUAGCUCCACCAAUCCAUCUACUUCAUGAUGUACUGAGCAAAUUGCACCCCACCUCUCCCCUGAAUUACUCGGCCAAGAGAAAACACCAUUGCUGUACUGCCUAUUUGUAUCAGAGUAAUAAUUUGUGAACAUCUACCUGAAAUAGAAUUACAAAAAACAUUUGUACUGUUUGUGUACUACACCUAUAAAUAAACAAGUC